GCCGCGUAGUUGUUUUGCCCGGGGUAAGUUGGCCGAUCCCUGCGGAGGCUUCGCUCCGAGCGUGCAGCGCUUGGCUCCCGGCUCCGUGUCGCCCCCAGCCUCCGGGGCAGGGGGGGCGCCUUUUUUUAUUUCAUCCCCCCCUCCUCCCCCUUUGGUUUGUGUUUUCUUUUUAUCAUUAUUAUUAUUAUUAUGGGGUCUAUGGGGGAGCAGAAUUUCCAGUCCGGCGUUGCUCUUCUUCCUUGUCCAACGCUCAACGGAGAACUAUAAUAUUUCUUUCCCGAGAUGCUGCAGUGAUUUUUAGUUAUAGGAAAUCAGGCGAACAAAAUAAUCCGAAUAACACGAACCAUUUGUUAUCCUGUGAGAGCCAACGCAGCCUAGGCACAGAUGAUGGCAAAAAAUUCCAUGGAAGGGUCUAAAGAAGACCUGAGCAAAAUUACGGAAGAGGAGAUGCUGAGAUGGAGCAAGGAAGAGCUGGUGAAAAGACUGAGGAAAGUGGAGAAUGAAAAGAUGAACUUAAUGGUGGAACACGGCAACUUGAUGAAAGACGUGAACCGGCGGCUGCAGCUCCACCUGCACGAGAUCCGCGGGCUGAAGGAGGUGAACCAGAAGUUGCAGGACGACAACCAGGAGCUGCGGGAGCUCUGCUGCUUCUUGGACGACGACCGGCAAAAAGGCAAGAAGCUGUCAAGGGAAUGGCAGCGCUUCGGGAGGCACACGGCCAGCGUGAUGUGGAAGGAGGUGGGCAUGUACCAGCAGAAGCUGAAGGACCUGGAGGCGCGGCAGGAGACCCUCCUUCGGGAGAACGUGGAGCUGAAGGAGAUGGUGCUGAUGCUGGACGAGGAGCGGAGCGGGGCCGGCUCGCGGAGCUCCAUCGACAGCCAGGCCAGCCUGACCAACCUGAACGGCGGCUCGGCCACCAGGGACGUGGGGGACGGGAGCAGCACCUCCAGCACGGGCAGCGCGGGCAGCCCCGACCACCAUCACCACCACCUCCACCACCACAAGGCCGGCGACAGCAAGGCCGGGGCCAUGCGGAGGUCUAUGGAUGACCUGUCGGCGCCCCUUCACCACCGGAGCAUCCCGAACGGCCUCAAUGAUUCAUCUUCCAACUAUAUCAGGCAACUUGAAACAAAGGUGAAGCUGCUGGAGGAUGACAACAAGCUCCUUUCCCAGCAGUCCAGCACGGGGGACCUGCGGACCCUGAGGAAAGGAUUGUCCCCGUACCACUCUGAGUCCCAGCUCUCCUCACUGCCACAGUACCAGGACGCCCUGCAGAACGGACCAGCUCGCAUGACAUCCGACCUUGCACCUUCCCCUGCAGCGGGGUAUGUCCCUGUGGGGCAGAAGCCAGAGGCUGUGGUGCAUGCUAUGAAGGUCCUUGAGGUUCAUGAAAAUUUGGACAGGCAAAUGCAAGACAACUAUGAAGAAGACCUAAGUGAAAAGGAGAAGGCAAUUGUUCGUGAAAUGUGCAAUGUUGUCUGGCGAAAGCUGGGUGAUGCUGCGAGCUCCAAACCCUCCAUCAGGCAACAUCUGUCAGGAAACCAGUUCAAGGGUCCCUUGUAGGAACACCAUCCUGGCAACUGGAAGUAAUGGAUUCUGUGAAGACUAAAGAGGCAGAGCUCAGUGUUUCUGGCUGCCUGUUCUUUGGGAGUUGGGGUUGAGGUUUUUCAGGGUUUCUUUGUUUCUUUUUUUUUUCCCAAUUUUUUUUUUUUUUUUUUUUUUUUUUUUUGUAACAAUAGUGUAAAUAUGGCAGCUAAAGGCCUGAUUUCCAGGCUGUGGUGCUCUGGAGCUACUGUUCACCGGGUAACCAUCCAAUAAUGCCAGACUUGCAUCAUUUUUAUUGUAGUUCAAACCUGCUUUGUUGUAAUGGUCUGUUUGUAGAAUUAACUAACUCAAGAGAAUUUCUAAGAGGAACAAGAAGAACCCUUAACCAGCAGAGAAGUCACCGUUUGUAUUGCUCCUGUCCACCUGCUUGUCUGUGAUUCGUAGCCAGGUUAGUGGCUCCAGGCAGCCAAGGAAAAUGCAAUUCAAAUUCACUGGCUUACUGCCUGCCAAAUUCAUGAGCUGCUAACACUUUUUUUGGAGGUCCUUGUUUUGAAGAAUGACAUGCAACUGUUUUCACAAGGCUCUGUGUAAAAUACUGAGUGGCAAGCUAAAAACACUUGUACUGCCCCACAUUGUAUGGUGGUACUUGUCACACAAGUGUACAUAAAGGCUAAGACUCCAUGUCAGGUGGUAAUGAACAAUUUUUCAUGAUCAAAUGACACAAGAUUUCUACAGAUCUAAUGUGAAUGAAGUCACUUAGCCACACAAGAGUAUUCCCUACCAAAUGGCAACACUUUUCUUGUAAAGCUUUCACUAUGAAAUAAUUCAGCAGAAACUGCUAUCCUGACAGUGCUUAUGGCUUUCACAGGAUCUUCAAAAGCAGCUCAUCUUUCACAUAAGGAAGAUUUGGGGUGGGUUUUUUUAAUGUUCUUGCUGGAUCCCUCACCUAUAAUGGUUCCUGUGUGAGGUAACCAAACAACAACCUUGCAGAGCUGAAUAAAAACUCCACAAACACAGGCUGUCAGGUGAGACUACUUCCUGCCAUUCAAGCUUUAUUUUUAUUAAUGAACCAAAACAAGUGGGUUUUUGCUUCUUCAAAUGGUUGUAUAUAAAACAAUGGUAUUUACAUUUUGCUAUUGUGGAGUAGCUGCCUGUGUAGCUGUAAGAAUUUGACUCCCUCCUUUUCCAAGUUGUCACAGCAGCUGUCCCUGUAUUUCAUUAGAUGUUCUUUCCCAAUAGUCCAAGGAAGUGGGGCUUCGUUAUUAGAACUCAUUGGUGUAAAAUAAUUUUAAAGACAGGCAUGUGAAAAGAUCAAAGCCUCCUCUUCAAAAGUUGCAUUGAUUUUUAGUGAUUAGUUAUAGGAUGUAAUGACCUCAAACACCAUUAAUUUCUUUUUAUUCCCUACAAGAAUCAGUCAGAGCUACAGACAGCUGUAUUAGCUGGACAGGUUCUUCCUCUAAAUUAAUUUGUUCUACCAGUUGAGUUCUUGACUUGUGGUAUUGUAUUACAUGGAGCAUUGAUACAAUACCAAGGAACCCGUAUGGUUUAUUAUGAAUUAUGAAAGGUAAUUGGUCCCGUGGUGUACAAUAAACUACAGCUGCCUGGCUGAAGAAUUCGCAGUGUCAGAGCUGAAACCUGUAACCAAUAAAAAAAUAGAGAAGGAAUACAACCAAAAUAUAAAAUAACCAGUAAGAGUAAGCACCACUUCAUUAUUCAUUGCAGAAAUAUAAAUGUAACAGUUGAGUAGGUUAUUUAAAAAUAACCAAGAACCACCCCCAAAACACAAGUGCAUACUCUCACUCACACACCCACCAGUAGAUUAUUUCCUACUACUGCUCAGUCAGUGAACACUGAGCUAGAUAGCUCUCAGUCUAAUAGUAUUUACAUCCCAUGGAGUCUGGAAAAAUCCAUUCUAGAGUCUGACUGUCUCCUUUAAGCAUCUUUAGAGGAUUCUGGAUUUCCUCCUCCUUGCUUUUUAUUUUGACCUCCAGUUUCUAGCCGCCAUUGAUUGGUGUUUAUUUGUCUUCCUCCUGUACAAUUUAUACAUUGAGAUUUCUGUGACAGCAAAGGUGAUGUAAAGCAGAGCAUCAUUAUUCCUUAACAUCUGAAGUCAAAACGAGGGUUACUUUAGUCUGUCUGCUUGAAAGCCCAUUUUAACUUUGGUGGCAUCUGAUUGCUGGAUUAAGCAGAGAGUUGAAGUAUAUUUGGAACAAGGUUGAUUUGUGUCAGUGAAUUUAAACUAAAGCAACACAAGCGUUGCCAGCACUUGGAGAGAGUUAACUGUGUUCAUGACAUGCCUGCUAUUUAAGGGGUAUAUGAGGCUUUUAGCAGGCCCUCUCACAAGACAGAGCUAUACUCAUCAGAUUGCUAGUCUCACCACUAUGUAAUUCCCACUCAAAUAUUCCCUGCU